GCGGCGUGAGAGCGGCGCUGCGCAUGCGUGCCGGGCGCCAUCUUCACCGGCCCCUGUGGAACACGUUAGCAGAGGCGAAGAGUUCCCUCCCUCCCUCUCUCAUACAUCUCUGCCCGAAGACAAUCUAUUGCAAGGAGCCCGGCGCGGGCAGUGCUUGGCACUGCGUCAAGCCUGGGCAGGCCAGUCCUUGAAUUACACGUGGCACCACUCAAGACAAUUUUUUGCCCCCAAAUAAGCUCACAAAUACAGAAUGGCAGAUAAACUCACCAGAAUUGCCAUUGUCAGCCAUGAUAAGUGCAAACCCAAGAAAUGUCGCCAGGAGUGCAAGAAGAGUUGUCCGGUUGUACGAAUGGGAAAACUUUGUAUUGAAGUUACUGCCCAAAGUAAGAUAGCUUGGAUUUCAGAAACUCUGUGCAUUGGUUGUGGUAUUUGCAUUAAGAAAUGUCCUUUUGGAGCUUUAUCGAUUGUUAACUUGCCAAGCAAUUUAGCUAAAGAGACCACACAUAGAUACUGUGCAAACUCCUUCAAGCUUCACAGGUUGCCUAUUCCUCGUCCCGGUGAAGUUUUGGGCUUGGUGGGAACUAAUGGUAUUGGAAAAUCUACAGCUCUGAAGAUUCUAGCAGGAAAACAGAAGCCUAACCUGGGGAAAUAUGAUGAUCCUCCCGACUGGCAGGAAAUAUUGACUUAUUUCCGAGGAUCUGAACUACAGAACUAUUUUACGAAGAUCCUGGAGGAUGAUCUAAAAGCUAUCAUCAAGCCCCAGUACGUGGACCAGAUCCCAAAGGCUGUAAAGGGCACUGUGGGUUCUAUUUUGGACAGAAAAGAUGAGACCAAAACGCAGGACGUAAUUUGUGAACAUCUGGAUCUGACUCACUUAAAAGGGAGGAAUGUUGAAGAUCUCUCUGGAGGAGAGCUACAAAGAUUUGCAUGUGCAGUCGUAUGCAUUCAGAAAGCCGACAUUUUCAUGUUUGAUGAACCCUCCAGUUACCUUGAUGUUAAACAGCGUCUGAAGGCUGCCAUCACUAUUCGCUCCCUUAUAAAUCCAGAUAGAUAUAUCAUCGUGGUGGAACAUGAUUUGAGUGUCCUCGACUACCUUUCUGACUUUAUUUGCUGUUUAUAUGGUGUGCCAAGUGCAUAUGGUGUUGUUACUAUGCCUUUCAGUGUUCGAGAAGGUAUCAACAUAUUCCUGGAUGGAUAUGUGCCAACUGAAAACUUGAGAUUCCGUGAUGCUUCACUGAUUUUCAAAGUGGCUGAAACGGCUAACGAGGAAGAGGUGAAGAAAAUGUGCCGAUACCAUUAUCCACGAAUGAGAAAAAAGUUGGGAGAUUUUGAAUUGCAAAUUGGAACCGGCGAGUUCACUGACUCUGAAAUCAUGGUAAUGCUGGGAGAGAAUGGUACGGGGAAGACAACAUUCAUCCGAAUGUUGGCUGGAAGACUGAAGCCCGAUGAAGGAGGUUCGGUGCCUGUUCUAAAUGUCAGCUACAAGCCACAGAAGAUCAGCCCCAAGUCUCAAGGAACUGUUCGUCAACUGCUUCAUGAAAAGAUCAGAGAUGCCUACACUCAUCCACAGUUUGUAACUGAUGUAAUGAAGCCACUCCAAAUUGAAAGCAUCAUUGACCAAGAGGUUCAAAAUUUGUCUGGAGGUGAAUUACAACGUGUGGCACUGGCUCUUUGCUUAGGUAAGCCUGCUGAUGUCUAUCUGAUUGAUGAACCAUCUGCAUACCUGGAUUCUGAACAGCGUCUAAUGGCUGGAAGAGUAAUAAAACGCUUCAUUCUCCAUGCCAAGAAAACUGCCUUUGUUGUGGAACAUGAUUUUAUAAUGGCCACCUAUUUGGCUGAUCGUGUGAUAGUGUUUGAUGGAAUACCAUCAAGAAGUACAACAGCUAAUCCUCCGCAGACUCUGCUCGCUGGAAUGAAUAAAUUUUUAUCACAGUUGGAGAUAACAUUCCGAAGAGACCCAAACAAUUUUCGACCAAGGAUUAAUAAGAUGAACUCUAUCAAGGAUGUGGAGCAGAAGAAGAGUGGAAAUUAUUUUUUCUUGGAUGACUGAACAUUCACUUUUGAGAACCAAUGUGAUGAAUUUACCUGACAUAUUCAAUGCAAGAAACGUUUGGAAUGAAAACUGACGGACUCCAUCUUUAACUGUUCAAUCAACAUCGGCAGAGCAGUUGUGUCUAAUAAUUUUUAAAUUGUUCAUUUUCCCCCUUGAAACAUUUGUAGCUAACUGAUGAUAUAAUUGUGGUUUUAACACUGCUACAUUUAUUUAUUCAUAGCUAUGAUGUGAAACACCAGUUUGAGGUGUGCAAGGGGGAAAGAAGAAUCUGACAACACAGUAAUACAACCAUGUACUAUGAAAGGUGACCAGAGGCUUGUGGUAUAUAUAUAUGAAACAUCAAUUCUGCUUUUAUUUUUACACUCGUUUCUUUUGGCAAUAAUUGAAUUUUGGGGAAGAAAUCUAUUUCAAAGUGUCCUAUUAACAAUAUUAAAUCCUAUAAAAAUGAAAUUAGUGUACUUGUUAUUUCCUACUCCUUUUGAAAUAGGCAGGUGCAAAGGAAGACAUCCUCUCGUGGUAUGCGUUAUAAAAUUGUUAAAUUGGUCUGACAGAAUUAUACGAUAGACUUAGCACCGAGGAAAUCCUUUCUUUACGAUACUUUCUUGGGUAUUUGGAGUCUAUUUUGCAUAAAUUAAACUACAAUCAUGUGGCCAUGUUUGUGCCUGUGAAGCAAGAGAACUCUAGCACCUUACCCGUGUGGAGUGUGAAACAGGGCAAAUAUUGCAAAAACAAGUACCUUGUUAUUUUCGGGCAGUAUGGGUGCAUUUAAAUGGUUGGCCUAUGUGUGUACAAGCUUGUGCAGUUGACUGGCUGUUACACUUAAUGUGCUGAUAUUGUGCAAAUUAGUCAUUAUAACUUUGUACGACAUGUUAAGUGGAGCAAAUGACUGCUAGUGGAUUUCUGUAUAUCCAGAAUGUCUGAUACUAUCUUUUUGAAGGUAUUUCGAUUGAGGUAUGGUCUUAUUUUUCUUUGUAUGGGCCGGGUUGCUUUGCUGUUUUCAAUUUAGAAGGAUAGUUGGAGAUUUGAGGAAGCUUGUUUUCAGAAAAGCACUUCUUAGAUCUCCAACAAGCCCUGACGAAUGGAGGUCAUGGAUGAAGCUAUGUUAUAAAAGGAAUGAGUAUUGUAUUAAAAAAAAAGCCAUUUUUGUCCCAGAAAACUCGUAGUACGUAAUUCGAUAUAACCAUCAACAUGUCACAAUGCAUUUAAAGUUCUUGCCGAGGUCUUAUGUAGAUAAAUCUCCAGAAUUACACUGUAAAGUCCUAUGACUAUUCACUUUAGUUUCAAAAUAACUUAAAUUGUAUACAUCUCCACAGUAAAUUCAGACAUGUUACUGUGUAGUCAUUGAAGUUUUGGCUUUGUUUUGCAA